AUUAUUGUAUGGAGCAUCAGCAUACGAAUAUGAAUAAAAACACACACACUACCCAUCAUCAUGAGUUUGUGCAUAUGACACAAUAAUCCCCAUUUCUCUCUCUCUUCUCUCUCUCCCACACAAAGAUACAUACAUAACUGGUUUUUGAGAGCCCCAAGAACUAACAAGAUUUGCGGUUGUGUUGAGUACUAGUGCUUUUAUUAAUUAGUUAGUUAGGUUUGUUGGGAUCAUUGUUUUCUUUCUCUUUCCAUUUUCUCAACAGACUAACACACAAACACAAACACAAACAACUACAAGCUAAUAAGCUAAACACAUAUAAUAGUAUAAGAUACAGAAAAACACUCAAAUGGCACAGUUACCUCCUAAAAUACCAAUAAUACCCCAGAAUUGGACGCCUUUUCACCUCCAAAAACCACUAUCAAAUUCCACAAUGUCAAGUUUCAUCCCAAAUUCAAAUGCAACGGCAACGUCUAAUAACAAUUCUUCAUCUUCGGUUCAACCACAGCAAUUGCUGUCGUCAUCGACAACGUCAUGGGUUGACGAGUUCCUCGACUUCUCGUCAUCGCGGCGGGGCGCGCACCGCCGCUCCGCAAGCGACUCCGUGGCGUUCUUGGAGUCUCCCAUGUUCUUUGACAGGCUGGACGAUGACCAGCUCAUGUCAAUGUUCUCCGACGACGUUGCAGCUGUGGCGAUGCAGCAUCCGCCGCCGCUGUCGUCCGCAUCCGAUCCGUCAUCGCCGUCGUCGGACCAGACGAGUAACAACGAUGAGAAGCCAGCGGCAAUGGCGCUGGACAUUGCACCACCAUUAUUAAUGCACGAACAUAACGAUAAUCACGUGAUGAAGCUUAAGAAUGAAGCCGUUGAGGAAGAAAGCUUCGGCAAAAAUGAGGAGGCGGCUGCCACCGGCACCGUUGAAACCAUCGUUGAUCCAAAGAGAGUCAAAAGAAUUUUGGCUAAUCGGCAAUCAGCUCAGAGGUCAAGGGUGAGAAAGCUACAAUACAUUUCUGAACUUGAAAGGAGUGUAACAACAUUGCAGACGGAGGUAUCAGCAUUGUCACCAAGGGUAGCAUUUUUGGACCACCAACGUUUGAUUCUUAAUGUCGACAAUAGUGCAUUGAAGCAACGCAUUGCUGCUUUGGCUCAAGACAAGAUUUUCAAAGACGCUCAUCAAGAAGCACUGAAGAAGGAAAUAGAAAGACUUAGACAAAUCUAUCACCAGCAGCAGAACAACAAUUCAUCUCUUCAUACUCCAACAAUGGCAUGUAAUAAUAAUAUUAAUAAUGACAAUAAUAAGGAACAGCUCCUAAGUUGAAGAGAAGAAGAUAGAGACAAAGAAUGGUGCUAGCAGCUAUUAUGGAUGAUGUGUAUCUAACUUGAAACUUUCACGUGAUGUGUUUCUUCUCCCAUCAAUGUUUAUGUGGGCCUGCUGACAUGGUUAUGGAGCUUGGAGGGUAGGAAAUUGACAAGGUGGAUCUUGCUUAAAAUGGAUCAUUGUCCAAGUUUUUUUUUUCUUUUUAGUUUGGGAUUGGUUUGGAAUUUUUAAUAUUUAUUAAUUUCUUAUUGUUACAAUUUUUCAUUUAAAACAAGAAUUAUUCUCAAUGAUUUUUUUGGGGGGUGUGGAAUAAUUAAAGGGGACAAAGGAUGGUGGGAUUGUAUUGGGAUGUGCAUGGGAUCGGAAGGUAUCAGAGAAUUUUUUUUUUUUUUUUUUAAUUUGGGGAAGGGGGUGUCUGUCUUAUUGAUGUACCUUUUUUUUCCUUGUUUUUUUCUUUUCUUAGACCUAAUUAUAUGUUAUUUUACAUUUCCUCGUUAUUUUUUUAG